GUGAAAACAACGUUCAGCUUUUAGCUAAGCUAAAAUAAACGUAACGUUACGUAGCCUAGUGGAAAAUAAAACUUAAAUUUAAAAAGCCGAACACGCGAUGGAGAAACUUGAGGAUCUCGAGAGUUUUUUGAUGAAUGUCGACAAAAUAAGUCAGCUAGUGGAGGAUCUAAGGUCGUCUGAUGUCGAAGUCCAGCAAAAAGCAAUGGCCAAUGUUGAUUGCUACAUUGGUGCCUUAGAUGAACCCUGCAGAACGAAAGUCAACAAGACAAAAAUCAACACAAACCCACCGCUCCAGUCUUACUCGAGUCAACAGAAUGAAAGUCCAGAAAAUUUCAUGAAGAUGAUGGAGAGAGAUGCUGAAGACAGGAGAGUGAGACGAGCCGCACAAGAGAGAAAGGCGACUGCACUCAAAGACAAAGGGAAUGAAGCAUUUGCUCAAGAAGACUAUGAAACUGCUGCGAAGUUUUACAGCGACGGCUUGGCUGAACUAAGGGACAUGCAGCCACUGUACACCAACCGUGCACAAGCUUACAUCAAGCUGGGGAAGUACAAGGAGGCCAUCAGUGACUGUGAAUGGGCCCUUAAGUGUAAUGAGAGCUGCAUAAAGGCUUAUCUACACAUGGGCAAAGCGUAUCUGGGAUUGAAGAAAUAUAACGAGGCAAGAAACUGCUUUGAAAAGAUACGGGAAAUUGAACCAGUGAAAAUGGAGAUGGUGAAAGAAUACCUGAGCCGAGUAGAUUUGGAAGAAGAGAGAGAGCGUCAGGAGAUAAAUGCAAGGCAAGAGUUUGACAAGGGGGAGAGGAAGGCCACAGCAGUGCCCCAGCUGCUGGAGAAGCUGUCAGUGCCCGACCAGAUGCCUCUCUACUACUGUGGAGGGCUGGAGAUUCUGUCACAGGCACUUACUGAUUGUACAGGGCAGACGCUUUUCAGGCUGAACAAUGGCUUUAGUAUCAUCAACAGCAAUGGCACAGUGAGGAGGUGCCUUUCACAGAAAACAAAUGAUCCAGACAGUCACAAGUUGUGCGCGUCCGUCCUGAAAUUAUGGAGGGUGAUUUGUUGUGGAAAUGACGAAAACAAGAGAAUGUUGAUGACGUGCCCAGUCGCCAGACAGGCCAUUGUUCAGUUGGUAACAUCUGAGCAUGUUGCAGUAGGGAACGAAAGCCUGGCGGUACUGUGUUUAUAUUCACAGACGCCGCAUGGCAGGCAUCUGGCCAUUGAAAGCCUGAAUUUGCCCAUGUUAGUGAAGAACCUCAUGGCGUGCAUCUCCAGGCCAAAGCAGCUGCAGGAGAACAAAGCGGUCAAGAUUCUGGAAAGCUUCGCAGGGGAAAACAAAUUUUGCGUUCGGUUGAGAAGCGAGCUCACAGACUCGGUCAUUGUGCCUGUCACGACGAUACUGAGGAAUAUCAGCACGUCCAAUAAACAUGUCCUUCCAUCACUGAUAUCUGCCCUGGGCUGCAUGGCUCGGGAUGACGUCAUAUGUCACAAGCUCGCUCAUGACACAGAGUGUUGGACGACCUUCCUCACUGUCAUCAAGCAUUGCUGUGCACCUGAAUACAAUGAGAUCCUUUACCCUAUCCUUGGCUUGAUCAUCAACAUUUCAACGAUCACCUCUCCGGUCAUCCAGGCGCAUGCUGUUUCACUUUGUGAAUGCUGCCUGGGCCUGCUGAGGGAUAAUGACGGAGGAAUCAUAACUAGAGCCACAGGUGUGUUGAGCACUGUUCUCCCUCAGUCCUCUGAAGCCAUUCAGCAUGUUAUUCAGGGAGAAGUGGUCGGGACCAUGCGCCGACUGCUGAAGGGAACCGGGAGGACUGUCACUAAGUAUGCCAUUAAAACUCUGACAGUGUGCACUGCUGUCAGUCACUUGGCACGGGGGGAGCUGGUGAAGUCUGAUAAAAAACUGUCCAUUUUACGUCACUUGCUGAGUUCCAGCUGUGAUGAGAUGGUGUUGGGGAAUGCAGCCCUGUGCUUGGCCCACUGCCUUGAGUUGGAUGGAGUCGCCACUCACCUGCUGGGCAGUGAUAUCGUGCUGCUGCUGCUGCGCCGUGCUGCAGGGGACGCCAAGAGGACAGCUGUGCAGCAGAAUGCAGCGAUUGCUCUUGGGAAGCUGUGUCGAUCUGAACCCAGACAUGUGAACAAACUUCGAGAACUACACGGCCUUGAGAUCCUACAUUCCUGUCUGAAGCUCAUCUCGUGAACCCAUUGAUGCUUUAUUCUGUACUUCUGUUCCUGUAUUAUGUUUAGGUUUGAGUUUAGUUCAAAUUGCGAGGUAUACGUUUUAUUUAAUUAAGAUCCCACUCAUAACUGUCAUAUCUACAUAAACAAGGUCAUAAACAAUAGCAUAGUUCUCAGAUGUCAUUGUUUUUCAUGGCCUUGUGGAGCCAUAAAGGUAAUUAGCAUGAAUGCAUGCAGAUGGAAGGACAAGUUAAGUCAUCUUCACCAUAUGUAUAUUGCUUUCUUAAGUUUAAAUAUUGAUAUUUUAUGAAAUAAAUUCAAAUUUCUGUCCUGAAAAGUAAAUAGUAAAAAUAUAUUCAACCGGACACACUGCUUAGAUUAAACAAGAUCCGUGUUUGAAGAGCUCACUUGUAUAGGUAUAGGUGUUAACCUUCAAUGUUGGAUUCAUAACGACUGAAAUGAUCAACCAACUUUCACAUAGUGAUGGUCCUUCAACAGGAAAACGCCUUGGAGACGUGAACCGUCAACAUGUAUUCAUCAUUCUUGAAGGUCUUUUUCUUAUUCACCGUGAAGUGCUGUCAAAAAGAGCAAUAGCACAAAUAUUUAAGUUUGGAAGCAGUUUGCCGAUACAUAUAUCUUUAUGUGCUGUUCUUAACAUCUUUGGGCCAUGUAGUUGAGAGAGAGACUCGAAAAGGGAAGGGUUACUGGGAAAUCUAAUCCGUGUGUAAAUGAACUGGAGAGGACAAAAACCUCCCUGAAAGGCAUGGCACCAUCUGUGAGUGUUUGCAAAGAGCCGGUACCGUCUGCUCAGUUGGAUUAAACGGUGAUAGGAACACUUGGGUUUGAAUAAUUUUAAACAAGAGGGAACCGAAAUGAGACGGCUGGACUGUUUCGCUCUAGGAUUUCUCCUGUUCGCAGGUAUGUACUCAUUUUGCUGCUUAGAUUUUGGAUACGGACCAGCAGCUACUGUUUUCAUCCUCAUUUGUGCCUCUGCUGAUGAAUAGUUAAUUGACAGAGUCUGCAGAUUUGUUGAAUACUUUUUGUAUUUUAAUUAGAACACUGUGGUUCUCAGCAAGGUGAUACACAGCUAAUGCAUUUCCCAAAUGUUUUUUUAUUUUCCCUGUCAACAGUGCCACAUCAUAGUCACAAAUAGCAGCUAUCUGUAGUUUCUACCUCUUUCCUCCAAUUAUCUAGGAUGGCAAAUUAAAAUGAAUACAUAAAUCAGCUGCUACGGAGAAAUGAGAUACAUAUUUAAUUAAUCAACAUACCACUCUGCCCAUGUGUCAUACGUUAUUUCACAUGAACACCUAUGAUAGGCCAUCGUUAUCCUUGUUUAUCAUCUAUAUUGGUAGCUGUCACAAUGAAACAUGAAAUUAAUUAAAUUAGCAUAUGGGCCAACGAUGACGGCCACAGCUAACAGUGAUGACAUCGAGUCAUCAUUUGCACACUAAUGGGUCAUCAUUAACUUUUUUUUUUUCCAAAUUUGUGUCCGCCACAAUGGGGUUGAGAUUAUUUAAGUCUGAAGCAUGACUCACAUUCACUGUCAAGUAAAUGACUUUCAUUAUAUGCAAAAUCCCA